AUGGUCAAUGCUCCCACGACGAGCGAGGACUUCUCGCGUUUCUCCCUUCGGCGGUUAGGCGUGACGAGGGAGCGAGUACGGACGGUUGCAUGGAACCUCGACGGUCGACGCUUGGCGGCUGGCGGCUCGCCGUCUCUGCGAAUCUUCCUCCCCGACAAAGAUACACGAACAAGUACAGAGUGUCGGGGUCACACAGGCGAAGUGUCUUGCGUGCGGUGGAGUCCAGUACAUCCCGAACGACUCGCGAGCGUGAGCAGCGGAGAUGACAAAGCUCUGCACUUCUGGGACAUCAGACAGGGAUCGAAGCCAACGUCGACUAUCGAGACUUACGGCAACAACAUCCAUAUGAACUGGUCGCCGGACGGCAAGACUAUCGUCGUCGGAACGACAAAGGAUCGGCUGAUGUGGGUGGACGUUGAGGAGCAGCGGGUGGUGAAUCGGAUAGACAUGGACAAGGAGACGAACGACACGCAGUUCUCGCACAACGGCUCGCUACUCUACACUGGCGUCGAAGGAAGCGUUCGCAUCUCGGCCUUCCCGUCAAAUGAGCUCGUUUACACCGUCCCUAUGACCUCGAUGCCGGUCGGCAUGCUCGACCUCGACCCACGAGGCCGAUACCUCCUCGCUGGCGGGAAUGACGCGACCGUCAGCCUGUGGGAAACGGAGGAAUGGACUUGCGCAGCGUCCGCAGGUCACCACGACGGCCCUCUCCUCACCUGCCGCUUCAACCACGAUGGCAGUCUCGUUGCGUCGAUAGCGACAGGCGACGUCGUCAUCUCUUCCGUUCCCGGCCUCAAGAAGGAGCACUCGAUCCCCUUCCCGGACGGUGCAAGCCAAGACCUCGCAUGGCACCCCAGUCGGAAUGUGCUCGCGUAUGCAGGGAACGAGCUCUGCAUCUGGGGGUACGGAGUGUAG